GUCGAAACCCCGCGCCUCCGUCUUGCCUCUCGCCGUCUGUCAUCCAAAACCAACGGUUCAAGUUUCUCCAUACCCAAAACAAAGAUGCCGAAGUAUCUUUUACCCUUGACAGAUCACUUUCCUGGACGAGUCACAUAUAGGGGCAAUGGUUACUUUAAAACAAUCAAGGACAAGUUUGAGGAGCUCGGGUUGAUAGAAAGGGUGAAGGAAUCCCCAUUCAAACAAUUUUUCAUGGCUGAGAAAUUGGACUUCUCUGCAUCUCUCAUGCAUCAAUUAAUGUUGCGCAAGAUCCAGUGCUUCAAAGAGGAUGAGUUGCAUUUACAUUUGGGAUCUAGACCCUGCAGAUUUGGUAGAGGCGAGUUUGCUUUGGUUACGGGGUUGAACUUCAGUUCCGGGCCAUCUGAGACUGAUUUGAAGAAACACUUGACUAGUGACCGCUUAAUCAAGGAGUACUUUAAUGAUGAAGAAAUAGUGAAGUUAAUGCAUUUGGAGGCUGCUUUAAAAAACUGCACUGUAGUUGAAGAUGCCUACAAGUUGGGCCUAUGUUUCUUUGUUGAGGGGGUUUUACUUGCACGAGAGGGCAAGUUAAAUGUCUGGAUAGAUUCGCUGAAGAUGGUGGAGGACACUGAGUACUUCUUUACUUACCCAUGGGGGAAGGUGUCUUUUAACAAGCUUAUGGAUUCAUGUAAGAAAGACAUGCAUCAUCAGAAAAGGAACUAUGAGAAGAAAAAGGAAGUUAAGGGGAAACAGAAAGAAGCAAAAUACAGUUUGUAUGGUUAUGUCCCUGCAUUGCAGUAUUGGGCAUAUGAAGCCAUCCAGCAGUUUGCACGUGAGUAUGGUAUUAACCAUGGAAACCAGUUUCCGAGGAUGCUUAGUUGGUCGAGCAAUAAGGAGCGUCCUAUUUCGAAGGCCGACCUUGCACCGAUGUUCAAGAAGACGAGUCCCCGGCCUUCGGAGAUAGAUUAUUAUAGCGCUCUGACGGAGGGUGAUGCUCCCUUGUAUCCCGGGUUGGGCCAAGAAGAAGAGGUAGAAACUCCCACUGAUUUUGAGAAGGUGGCGGAGAUAGCUGCUGAGGUUGCGAAGGCAGCAAAUAUUUUUGUUGAUGGCCCUGAUGAUGAGGAUACCCCAGUGUAA